CAAUAAAGGAAUUGUCUUUGAAAGUCUUUUUUUUUUUUUUUACUCCAAAAAUUUAAUUUGCUUUAAAUUAUUGGAGCAUUAACAUCUCUGAAUAACGUUAAUAGUUUCUUUAAAAUAUAACAUAUAUCUUAAUGGUUACAAAAGUGUUAACUAAAUAUAAAAAAAAGGGUGUGACUUUUCUCUACUUGCCCACCAGAUUAUUAAGGAUCCAGUUUCCACAAAUUCUUCGUCUUAGUUUUAUCCCUAAUUUAGUGCUCAGUAAAGCAGUGAUUAGUCUGUUAAAGACAAUUAGAAAGAGAUCAAAGGUAAGUUCUGGUAAAUCUCUGAGAGUGUGUGAUACUUAUCUUAACUUGAGUUAUUUAAGGUCUCUCUCUUACAUAAAAGAGUGAUGUUAUUGUUUAUUUUCAAACCUUGUUUACCUGUUUUACACAAAAGGUUUAUUUUUUUCUCAUUAAUCAGAAAAAAAGGUGUACUUGCAAAGUGUUAACUGACUGCUCACAUAAAUAUGACACACAGAUAGCUGAAAAUAUGAUGUUUACAUGGAUUGUUGUAAUUUUUUUACAUUUUUUGUGAAAACAUUUUUUUAUAGUGCAAGGAAUUGACUUUUUAAGUAAAUAGCCUAUAAUUUACUGUUUAGUUUUGCCAAAAGUGGAUUGAAGUUGUUAGGUAAUGCAUAUGUAAUUCAGCAAUGUAAUCGUUCUGCUGAGAAGCAGAAUGAUUAAGUGUCCUGAAGCUGUAACCGGGAUGUGGGUGGCGGCGGCCCCCGUUUCACGACAGCAGUGGUACAGUCCAGCAUCCUCUCAGCGCUCUGCGGCUUGCUGGACGUUGCCAGAGCGACCUCAUUAUCACAGUCUCAGGGGUGGUGUGGGAUCGGGGUUAGAAAGAGAUUAACCAAGUGGAGGCCUAUAAAGCUCCAGUGUAAUCCGCACACAAAUUCAGAGCAACAACUCCUCCACAAACAAACUCUUUGCUCGAGCAAAGCACACCGAGCACAGGCACCGAGGCGCUCGCGGGUUUGGUGGACUUGACAGCAGUUUGGCAGCAGAAGGCAGGAAUCCUUCACAUCUGCAGCACAGGAGCAAAAAGGGACCACCAUGAAAAAGGCAAAGGUGGGGAACGACAAUGAACCUCCGAGCUACCAGGAGGCAACAGCAGGUUAUGGUGAAAUGGAGGCCCAGUUCGCCUGGGACGACAAGACCAUCAGGAGGACUUUCAUCAGAAAGGUGUACGCCAUCCUCAUGCUACAGCUGUCCGUCACCGUGGGGAUCGUUUGUCUCUUCACGUUUUGGUAAACGCGUCAUUCUCUGUGUUCUCCACGUGGAUGAAAAACGUCUUAAUUACCAGGAUCUCGUUUGUGUCUGUUUCAGUGCACCAGUGAGGUUCUACAUCCAAACUCAUCCAAACUUAUACAUGAUGUCCUACUUGAUGUUUUUCGUCACCUACAUCCUGCUCUCCUGCUGUGGAGACCUCAGGAGACAGUUUCCCUGGAAUGCACUUCUGCUGGUUCUCUUUACUCUGAGCAUGGCCUUCAUGAUGGGGUUCGUGUCCAGCUUUUACAACACCAAGUCGGUGAUCCUGUGUCUGGGAAUCACAGCUCUGGUUUGUCUGUCCGUCACCAUCUUCAGCUUCCAGAGCAAAGUCGACGUCACCUCCUGCCAGGGAGUCCUCUUCUCCAUGUGCAUGGCCAUGCUUCUGUGCGCCAUCACCAUCUCCAUCGUCGUCCCCUUCGGAUAUGUUCCCUGGUUACACGCCAUCUAUGCUGUGAUUGGAGCCAUCCUCUUCACUCUGUUCUUGGCGUUCGACACUCAGCUGCUAUUAGGGAACAAACGCUACGCCAUCAGCCCGGAGGAGUACAUCUUCGCUACCCUCAGCCUCUACCUGGACAUCAUCUACCUUUUCAGCUUCCUGCUUCAGCUCCUGGGCGGAGGCCGGGAGUGAUUCCUGCUGCAGGGUUGGGACUCCUGACGAGCUAAGAAUCCUGAGGAUAAAUAGCAGGACGGUUCGAUUCCUGACCAAAGCGGUCCAAUGUUACUGUAAAUACAUAAACCCACACAACUCACUCCUGCCUCACGUCCUAGAUCAGUGCUGGUUAGAUGAUUGUUAUGAACUCUGAACCCUUUAGAAGUGUUUGAAAUGAUCCCAAAGUCUGAACGUUGAAACUCAGCAGGAUUGAGUUUGUUUCUCCUCCCUGAGGAUAAACAGUCCAUUUUAUACAGUUUUAUAAACAAGAACCAUUUUAGAGGACGUCUCCAGUGUUCUGCAGAACUGCUGUUUCCAGAUGUUAGAUGUUUUUUGAUGUUUGUGGGAAGUCAUUAGAGACAUGUUUAAAUUUCUACUGUAAAUCGAUUGUGGCCUUUCAGAUAGAAACAACUGCAGAGGAAGAAGAUGAGAAAAAAAAGUUCUGCGUAGAGAACUGAGACGAGAACUCCACUGUGUAUUUUUGUAAACAUGAAUGCUGUUCAACAAUAAAGAUGUCAUUAAAAUGACUGAAACUAGAUGUCUUUUAUAUCUAAAACACCAAAAAGUAAGCAUUAAUAGUAAAAAGGAAUGAAGUUAAUUAUAGUCCCACUCUGAUCAUCCCUUAAAAAGUAGUCGAUUUUAAAUGUAGUCUUGUAAUUAUGAUUGUCAUUUUAGCCAAAAAUUAAAAAAAAAAAAAAAAAGGUUUUCUAGGACACACUUUUUGAAGGAGUUCAUAGAAAUUCACCUCUAAAUUGUGGGCGGGACCACUGUAAUGGAGCAACCCCGGCCCCUCUUCCCUUCUCUGUUGUUGAGAGCUCCUUACUUACAGUAAAGGCAGCAGGGACCUUGUGGGCCGCCCAGAAUACUUUUUACUAGAGGUGUAGGGGGGGGAUGAUCAAUUUGGUGAUAUAUCGGGAUAUUUCGUUUGGCAAUAGUUCUAUUUAUUUAAAAUACUGACAAGACGAUAUUUUGAAUUAGAUUUAAAGUACCUUAAAUCUGUACCCACAGAGCAGCAAUGACUAGAAAUUAGGUACAAAUGAAUACAUUUUUAUUUUAACUUAGAAAACAUUUAGUUGGAGAUCUUUGAUCCAAAAAAUAUAGAAAAUGUUUUAAAAAAUGAAGAAAAAAAAUCAGUAUUUUCUCUUUCAGUAUCUAAAACAGCAAAAUCUCACACCAGUAUUAGAACAAGACUUUUAUUUAAAAAAAAAGAAACAUGUUCAAAUUCAAAGAGAAAAACCAAGAAAGAUUAUCGCAAUCAAUAAAAAACACAAGUUAAAGACAAUUUAGCAACUCUGGCACAGGAAGACAAAAGUUGCCAAGUGGCAUUUGCAAAAAAAACAGAAAAAAAA